AUGGAGAAUUACAACCCGGCGACCGCCGCCGCAAUUCUCCCGGAAGAAAUCAUCACCGAGAUCCUCCUCCGUCUGCCGGUCAAAUCCCUCCUCAGGUUCAAGUGCGUCUCCAAACCAUGGCUUCUCCUCAUCUCAAGCCCUAAAUUCGCCAAAACCCACCUUCAAACCUCGACGGCCCGAAAUUCCGGCGUUUCACCUUGCGAAAACCUCAUCUUUGGCCGCAGAACCGACAACGACCGCAGCCUUCACACUUGCCCCAUCAACUCCGCCAUCGACGGCUCCGUCUUGGCCGACCCAGUCACCGGCUGCCUCUAUUCCGUCAACGACGAUGGAGAUCCGAUCCCCUUCGAAUCCGCCCCCUUAAACUGUCCUCCUAUUGCCCCCGGUUUCGAGUUGAGGUUAAUCGGAUCUUGUAACGGCCUUGUUUGCUUUCGUUUCUCCAUUCCCACAGAUUGCAGCAUCUGUAUAAUGAACCCAGCCACGAGAAAACUGAAAACCCUUCCGGAGUCCGGCGUGUCAGGUAUUUACCUUUCCCACUUCAACAAUUCGUAUUCCUUUGGGUAUGAUGAGGUCCACGACGAUUGCAAGGUGAUCGAGAUUCACAGUUUCGCGAUAAGGUCCGACAAGCACGAGACCCACGCCAUGAUUUACAGCUCGAGGGCUGACUCGUGGAAGCCCCUGAGCUGGCCGGGCGGGUUCGCCGGAUUCCGGUCAGGCAAGUUCCUGAACGGGUCCAUCCACUGGCGAGUUUUAGUGUCUGCGUCUAAACUGGAUAUUGUCUCGUUCAACCUCUCGGCUGAGACAUUCGCUCGGCUGCCUUUGCCUGAAGAUCUCCGUAAAUGUGCCAGUUUUGAUGUAUUAGAGGUCGAGGUUUUUGGGGGUUGCUUGGCCAUUUGUUGUGUAAAUUGUGCAGGGAUUGUUGUGUGGGUGAUGAAGGAAUACGGUGUGGGAGAAUCUUGGAGUAAAGUGGUUGAGGUGCCUUUUGUUGUUAACCCUUCGAAGCAUGGAUUUGUAUUGCCGAAGCCUGUGUUUGUGUCGGAGGAUGGUAGGAAGAUGUUGAUUAAUUACGGGUCGAGUUUGAAGUUGUAUGAUUUAGGUGACAUGGGACCCCAUCACUUUGACAGCUUUGCGAUGAUUGAUGCUACUACUUAUGUGGAAAGCCUGUGUUGGCUUGCUGUGAAUGAAGAUGAUGAAGGGCUGUGA